CCGGGCAGUUGUGAAUGGGUGCGCAGCGGGGCAGACGCGAAAGCGAAGAGAGAAAGGCGCUGGUUUGACAGCGUUAGGAAGAGGAUCUGACAGCGUUAGGAAGAGGAUCUGACAGCGGCAGAAGGCAAAUACAACUUCUGUUUGGGCGAUACGACAGGACAGGAGCAGGAGCAAGGACUCGCACAAGCAACAGCCUGCCGCUUCUCAAAAGAACACAGCACCAUGAUGACCAAACCCUACGGCCAAGAGGGCGACAUGUCUGAGCUGGUGAGCUCUCUGGACUGGGUGGAGGAAGACCUGAGCUCCCAGGAAGAAGGAGGCGCAGAGCUGGGCCGGUUCACCAUGGAGACUCGAGAGGAGGAGGAGGAAGAGAGGGGGGUGGAAGAGGAGGAGGAGGAGGAGGAGGAGGGGGAGGGGGAGGAGAGGGGUGAGAGAGCCCCAAAGAGACGAGGUCCUAAGAAGAAGAGGAUGACCAGGGCGCGGGUGGAGCGUUUCAAGGCCAGGCGGGUGAAAGCUAACGCGCGGGAGCGCUCUCGGAUGCAUGGGCUGAACGACGCCCUGGAGAGCCUGCGCAGGGUCAUGCCGUGCUACUCCAAGACCCAGAAGCUGUCCAAGAUCGAGACCCUGCGGCUGGCCCACAACUACAUCUGGGCCCUGUCCGAGGUGCUGGAGUCAGGGCAGUCUUCAGAGAGCAGGGUCUUCGUGGAGAUGCUGUGCAAGGGCCUCUCUCAGCCCACCAGCAACCUCGUCGCUGGCUCCCUGCAGCUGGGUCCCCAGCCCCUGCUGACGGAGAGGGGCCCCGUGGAGCAGCAGGCUGGGGCUGUGUGCUCAGGGAUGGGGGGCCCGAUCCCCAGCGGUCCUCAUUACAGCAGCUACCCCUCUCCUGGUCUCCCCAGCCCCCCCUAUGGGACGCUGGAGCGCUCUCACCUCCUGCGCCUCAAGCCGUACCCCAAGGGGCUGGCCGACUUCGAUAGCCACUCCCCGGAUUGCGGGGGGACCCCUCCCUACGACGGGCCCCUCACCCCCCCUCUCAGCGUCAGCGGUAACCUCUCUCUCAAGCAGGAGCCCUCUCCGCUGGGGAUGGAGAAGGGCUUUGCCGCGGCCCACGCUGCUGCCCACGCCGCUGGGUUCAUGUCUCACUACCAACCCCGGAUCUCCCCGCCCCCCCCCUCCUCCUCCUCCUCCUCCGUCUCGCCUCUGACACAAGGACAGGCGCCGCUCUAUCAGGGCUGCACCUCCAGCUACGAGCUGCCCCAAGACAUGACCUUCGACCCAUAUGGCCAGCACAUGGCAGAUCCGCACAUGGGAGCUAUAUUCACAGAGUAGUACAUGAGCCGCAUUGAGCCGGAACUGCCAAGUGCAAAACCGAGGUUUUUACAAACUUGCACGGAAAUAUGCAUUAAAAAAAAUAAUAAUAAAACUACAAAAUAAACUGGAAAGGACUGGACUUUUGUCGUCCGUCCCCCCGCCCCCCACCGGAAUGAACCUGCAGUGCUCAAUAAAGGAUAACUGGGUUUAUUUAAACAGCCGUGCAAAGUUUUUGAAAUAUAUUAUUUUGCAAAAAAAUCGAAAUAACUGUCGUGCGUCUGAUUCGGGAGAAAUGGAACAGCCGCGGUCUCCUGGCUCUUCAAGAGACUGAAACGAGACUCCCGUUGCGUAGCAGCGUGACGCAUCCCUGGUGUGACUUUCUGCAAGGCAAAUCCGGCUCCUAGUAAAACCUGGAAUGGGUGAAAUUGCUACGCAAGAGGAUUUUUCGCAUACGAUUUAAUUUAUUCCUUUAUUUAUAUGAUUUCUGGUUUUUUAUGUUUUUGAUUUAUGUGUAUACUUUUACUGUUCGACUUAGAAAUAUAUAUUCUGUUAUUUUUAGUGUCUCAAACUCUGCCACCAGAUCUAUUUAUUUAAAUUAUUUAUUUGUUUGUCCAGAUUUAUUUGUAAAUAUUUCCCCGUCGCACUUAAAAAUCACAAUAGGAUACAGCUCGAACAACGGGGGUGGGUUGGAGAAUGAAGCAAGCAAUAAUUAUUCAGAGAACUAUGCAAAAUCAUUUUUAAAAAGAGAAAGAAAGGAAGAAAUGGUGAACAGCAAAUAUUUUUUCAUAUUUUGCCCAAACUGAUUUUUAUAUAUUCUGUCCAAAAAUAUAUAUCUAUUUGUCUCCUCGUCCCCUUUAAUGCGGAUCUAAUUGUAAGCGCGGCUGAUCCAAAUGUUUCUCAGCAGCCGUGCGGUCUUUUGUUUGAAAAGCAAUAACUUGUGAAAAGUGUUCUCUUAUUGAAGUUUUUUUUUGUUUGUUUUUUGU